AUGAAAAUUGUAUUUGUUUUUGUAUUUUCAUUAGCAACAUAUGGAUAUCGAUGUGACUGUACUCCAAAUGGCACUGACACUGACGACGGAUUUACUCCUUCAAAUUGUUCAGUAACAACAAAUUCGAUCUGUUUUUCUUUAAACUUUAAUUUUUCAUCUGAUAUAUUCAUGUUUCAUAAAUUUGUCAUUAUUAAUAACAUAAAAUUUUAUUCGAACGAAGAAAAAUGGUACAACAUUCAAACUCUUACAAUUGCUUCAGAUUCUAUUUUUUCAAAUACGAUCAAUUUGCAUAGCAACCAAACACUUAUCAUUGAGCCAAAAGCUACAAUACAUGUGAUUAAAAAUACAUUUAUGUUUGGAAAGUUGUCCAUUGCUGGAAACCUCAAUUUGAUUGAUCCAGAAUUAAACAACCCACGAAUCAUCAUGUGGAAUUCAACUUACCUCCACCUCAAUUAUAACUACACUGGAAGAUCUGAUUUUGAUAUAACGAAUCCAACAGACAACACAAAGUGUUUUGAUGUCAUUUCACUUAAUAACGAAUCUAAUAUCGACAUUAAUACAAAUCCAACCCAUAUCACAUCAGAUAUGUUUAAAUACUCAUUCAACUUUACAAUGGGGAAGGGGUACCUCAUUUCAAAUAAAAAGUUAAUUCGAUUUUGCCCAAAUGGUACACCACUUGACAAAGACGUUGUUUGUAUGUUGAAAACAAAUAUGUACACUUCAAAAUCACCAACCACAAUGGAAGGUGCAUUUGAUUAUCCACAUUGUCCGUGUAAUAACGAUGGUGGUGUGAAUUGCAAACUCAAAUUAUCAAAUAAAUUUAAUUGGUUUGACAUGUUUAAUAAUGAUCUUAGUGGCACAGAAUUGGUGAUAGAUCGUAGUAUUGCUAUUUAUAACUUUAAGAGUUCAAAACAAGUUACUGUUGCUGAUGAUAUUAUAUUGACAUUUUACACAAAAAUUGUUAAUGAUUUAGUGUUUUCGUUCACUUUUGGAAAAGUAGCCAUUUCUUUGUUUGAUGAUUAUUCGUCAUUUGUGUAUUCAUCUGUGUCAAAUACAAUGUCGUGUAACGGUGCUUCAUAUUACGAAUUUAAUUUAAACCGAAACACCACAGAAUUAAAUAUUGACUGCACAGGAAAUAUAAAAACACUUUGUUUGUAUGAAAACACAAACAUUUUCAUUUCUAAAAACACAACUUUGGUUCAAAUCGUUCAAAUUAAUUUCAGUGAAAAUGGAAAGAGUUUUGUAUUCUUGGAAAACGCCAGUAACAACAAUGCAAUGAAAUAUUGUUAUCUUUUUGAAAUGACAAAAGGUGGUUUAACGUGCCUCAUGUGUGACAAUCAAUAUCGACUUGUAGAUGGAGCAUGUCUACCUCUUGACGAAAAUUGUGAGACGUACAACAAAAACAACAAAUGUGUAUUGUGUAAAACUGGGUAUGUUUUGAAUGGACAAUUUGAGUGUAUUAGUUCAGAAAUUUGUUUAUAUGGCACAUCAACUAAUUGUUACAAAUGUCAAGACAGAUACAUAACAAAUGAAAACAAAUGUGUGUUGGAUACCAAGUGCCAACACGGUGAUGGAAGCGUUUGUAUUAAUUGUCACAAUGGUAAUUCAUAUAAAAAAUGCGAGAGCUGCACAUCGCAUUGCCGUUUGUGUAAAAACGAGAAAUGUUCCAUUUGUGAUAACAACUUUAUAUUAAAAAAUGAAAGUUUCUGUGUUGAAAUGGAAGGUGGAGUUUCAAAUGGAAUAU